AUGGGGGUAGUGUCUGAGUUUCUCGGUCAGCUGACGCUGUCAUAUGGAGGGGAAGUGGAGCCUAAAUUUCCCACUGUGGUGCCAGUGCGAGACUUUGACUCUAUAAGGGAUGCUGCCAGGAUUGAUGCAGCCAUCAAAACUAAAGGGGUAGAUGAACAAACCAUCAUUGACAUCUUGACCAGACGAAGCUACGAGCAGCGGCGAGAGAUAGCGUUCGACUUUGAAAGACUUGCCAAGAAGGACCUGGUCACAGCAUUAAAGGGGGCGCUCUCUGGCUCUCUGGAGGCAACGAUUCUGGGUCUGAUGAAAAGCACUACUCAAUACGAUGCCUCUGAGCUAAAAGCAUCUAUGAAGGGGCUGGGAACAGACGAGGAAACCUUGAUUGAGAUUGUAUGCUCAAGGAACAAUGAUGAGCUGGCGGACAUCAAGAGGGUCUACAGGGAGAUGUUUAAGAAAGAACUGGAGAAAGACAUAGCUGGGGACACAUCCGGAGACUUUGCUAAACUGCUGUUAGCUCUGUUUCAGACAAAGAGAGACGAUCCCUCUAACGUUAUCGAUUAUGAGAAGAUCGAUGAAGACGCCAGAUCUCUGUACGAGGCCGGAGUUAACAGAAAGGGCACAGAUGUGAUGACUUGGAUUUCCAUCAUGUCUCAGAGAAGCAUACCUCACCUGCGGAAAGUGUUUGACAGAUACAAGAGCUACAGUCCCUAUGAUAUGAAGGAAAGCAUCAGGAAGGAGGUGAAAGGAGACCUGGAGAAGUCAUUCCUCACUCUUGUUGAGUGCUUUGAAAACAAGCAGCUGUACUUCGCCAACAGACUCGGCGAAGCUAUGAAGUCUAAAGGUGCAAAAGAGAAGGUGGUAACCAGAAUCAUGGUUUCUCGCUGUGAAGUUGACCUGAUGAAGAUCAGAACAGAAUUUAAGCGGUUGCACGGGCGAUCGCUGUAUCAGACCAUUUCUGAGCGCACGAAGGGAGACUACCAGGCAGCCCUGCUCAGUCUGUGUGGAGGAGACGACUGACAUUGCAACUCUCUUGAGGGCCAGCUCGUUGAACGCCGUCUCACAGCGUUCUCAUUCUCAUACUGAAAUGUGAAAUAAAUAAAUAAAUAAAUAAAAAAAUAAAUACGUGUAAGAAA